AUGGGUGCAUAUAUUGCCAAGAUGCUGCUGCCUACAGUGAGCAGCCUGGUGUUCCUGCCUACAGCCAGCGUGGCCGCGAAGAGAGGCUUCCACAUGGAGGCCAUGGUCUACUUCUUCACCAUGUUCUUCACGGCGAUCUACCAUGCGUGUGAUGGACCCGGCCUCUCCAUCCUGUGUUUCAUGAAAUACGACAUCAUGGAGUACUUCAGCGUUUACGGCACAGCUCUCUCCAUGUGGGUCACUCUCAUUGCUCUGGGUGACUUCGAUGAACCUCAGCGCUCCAGUAUCACCAUGUUCGGCGUGCUGACUAUCGCUGUGAGGAUCUACCAGGACCGCUGGGGCUACGGGAUCUACUCUGGACCAAUCGGAUCAGCUGUCUUUAUAAUCACCGUCAAAUGGCUGCAGAAGAUGAAGGAGUUAAGGGCGGUGUAUCCAGAGAAGACCGUCUAUACCCAGCAGGUCGGUCCAGGUUGCUGCUUCGGCGCUCUCGCUCUGAUGCUGCGUUUCUACUUCGAGGAGUGGGACUAUGCUUACGUCCACAGCUUCUACCAUCUGUCUCUGGCUGUGUCCUUCGUCCUGCUGCUGCCAAAGAAGAAUCGCUACGCAGGAACGGGACGGAACGCCGCCAAGCUCAGCUGCUUCGCUCUCUGCUGCUGUUCCAUGUCCCCGGGUACGUCUAAAGAAAAGACGGACAAACCAAAGAAGAAGAAGUCGUCUCGGACCGUCUGGACGGUCCCUACAGAGAAGCUGCUGACCCGAGGCUGCAGCACCCCCACCCUGCCCCUCUACAACCCCCCACCCUCCACCCCAAUCAAAGGCCCCAGCAUCAGCAAGCUCAAAGAGAUGAACGGCUGGAAGUGA